AUGCAAAAGAGCCGAGUAGUUGCCUACCCCUCUAGGCAACUGAAACCUUUUGAGGAGAACUAUCCCACCCAUGACUUGGAACUUGCUGCGGUGAUUUUUGCUUUGAAGAUCUGGAGACACUACCUUUAUGGAGUGGUAAUGUUGAUCACUUCUCAAAGGUCUAUUUUGGAGGAGAUAAGAAGAAUGGAACUUCAGAUAGUUCUGCCGAGUGCCAGUGCUUCUCUAGCCAACAUGAUGCUACGACCUACUCUGCUAGAAAGGAUCAAGAUAGCUCAAGAAAAAGAUGAUUACCUACAGAAGAUCCGUCAAGAAGCAAAAGAUGGUUCCCAAGGUCAGUUUAGAAUCCAUGAGGAUGGUUUAAUCAGAUUUGGUGAUCGGAUUUGUGUACCAAAUGCUCUAGAUUUAAAGAAGGAGAUUUUGGAAGAAGCCCACUUUUCUAGUUAUUCAAUACAUCCUGCCAGCACAAAAAUGUACAAGGACUUGAAGUGCAACUUUGGGUGGAACAACAUGAAACGAGAGAUUGCUUAG